AUGUCAGUCCGAGAGUGUGAAAGCGACAGCAGCAGUGAAAUUAUUUUUGCUAGAAAACGGCCUAGAAUGGAUGUAUUUUUAUCCUCUGACGAGGAGGAGGAGAGUGUUGAAGAAUGGCAUGACCCGAGGGGCAAUCAGCCAAAGAUUGUGCCAUUUACACAUCCUUCGGGGUUUGUAAGGGAGCAUAUAGGAUCAGAUAUAGCCGUAGAAACCAGCUAUCAAUUAUUUGUGCCGGAUGAACUGAUCGAGCAAAUUGCCGAACAAACAAAUUUAUAUGCAGCACAGAAAAUAGAAACUGGAUACACGCAGCGCUUGGCAAAGUGGACAGAAACAAGUACGUCUGAAAUAAAGAGGUUUUUUGGACUCGUCCUAUGGAUGGGAUUAGUAAAAUUGCCGGCCAUACAUCACUAUUGGUCUAAUGAUCCUGCCUAUUUGCAAGCGUUUGCAAAAGCGGUCAUGUAA